UGUAAACACCGUUACCAUGUUGUCAGUAUGUACAAACACGUUAGUAUGUUGUCAGUAUGUUGUUAGUAUGUAGUUAGUAUGUUCGUAGUAUGUUGGUAGGAUGUUGUCGCAUAUGGGAGCCGUAUUACUAACUAUCAUAUUUUUGUCCACUAUUAACUUCCAUGGAACCUAUGUACGUACGUUAUUAAUGUGCAAUGGUUAUAUGCAAAUUUAACUUUAGCAUCCUAUAUCUCUGUUUGUUGUUAUUAAUGUGUCAUGGCUUAUGCGUGUGUAUAUAACAAUCGAAUUUGUGAUGGUAAUCUUUUGUAAACGUACAUUAGUAAUGGUUUCCACACGUACUUCUCCGUGUAACCAAUUGAAAAGCAAAGGCGUUGUCACUGACAAGUCAAGCAGUCUUGAAGAGACACAUAAUCAGUUCAGCCACAAGGCCUCAUGGGACAGUAACUCAAUCCGAGUUUUCCUGCAGUUGAUUGCAAAUGAGAUUAGUAAAGGAAAUCGCCCAUUCCUAGUCCUCAGCCAAGCAGGGUACAAGUUAUUGGCAAGGAAAUUUGAGAAAAAAACAGGAAGAAAACAUGGACUGAAACAGUUGAAGAAUAAGUACAUGAGCUUGAAAAAAGAGUGGCAAGCGUGGACAAAGUUGAUAGAUUCAAGCAAAGGAGUGUCCGAGAUAGGCUUUGACUGUGACACCGGUUUGUUUCAGGUACCUGAUGAGUGGUAGGACAAGAUGGAAUCGAUCAACAAGGUGUGUGCGAAGUUCAGGAAAAAAACCUUGGAACACCGUGACUUGAUGGAGACGGUCUUCAUGGGGGCAUCAGCUACUGGGAAGCACCAUUGGACCCUGGGAGAGAACCUUCCUGAAACUGCUGAUGACUCAUCUAAUUCAGCGCGUAGUUUCGGAGCCCAGCCAUUUGCUGAUCCGAUACCCGCAGGAGUACAGAACGUGGAUUUAGAUUCUUCACUGGAGCAUAUUCCGAUUGAAAAGGGGAAAAUGAGAAAGACGCCAUCAAUAAGUGUUUCAAAGUCGAAGAAGGCAACAAGUGGUGCGUCAGUUAUUGUGAAAAGCAUGAACAAUCUGACAGAUGUGGUGCGUACGAAGAAUCAGCAGGUUACGGUGACGCACCUCUCAGGCAAUGAAUCGCUGUACACUAUUUCAGAGUGCAUGCAUAAACUGAGUAGUAUUCCAUCCCUGAUUGGUACGCCGUUAUUCCAUUUCGCCUCGACACUUAUGGAUAACGUCGAUUACCGGGAGGUGAUGAUGUGCCAGCCUGAUGACGACCACAUCAUUGGAUGGCUUACACAGAAGCAGCUCCAGUGUACUGCAUCAGCGCCUUUUACAAACCUGUUUGGGGGUCGCCGGAUGUGAUGUAAUAGUGUUACGAGUGUUGAAGAUGCCUAUCCUUGUCUUCCUUUUUAAAACUUUGACUUAUGGUAUUGUUGGCAUUGUACUAAAACAGGAUGAUGGCGUGUGCAUGUUUUUAUUCUGUCAUUUUUGUUUUUUCUUGCUAGCUAUGGUGACCAAAAGUUUUAGUUAACUGCAUGGGUUGACAGAACGGAAGCAUGGUUGUGCUUCGUUUUUUGGAAAUGAAUG